AUGGAAUUCCUUCGUCUUGCUCCGCAAUGGCUCGUAAAUACCGUCAUCGAGAGAAAGCUAAACCAGCGUUUCGACCAUGAGCGUUAUGGUUUGAAACCAGAACAUCGAGCUUUAAGCGCUCACGUGACGGUGAACGACGAAUUGCCGAAUCGUAUUGCGUGUGGUACCGUGCGAAUAAAACCAAAUAUCCGCGAGUUCAGCGAGCACAGCAUAACCUUCGAAGACGGAUCUUGCGUGGAAAAUGUUGACGAGGUCAUAUUUGGUACCGGGUUUCGAUUUCAUUUUCCGAUGGUAGAAAGUGGAAAACUAAUACCGGUCCAUGACAACGAGGUCGAGCUGUACGAGUUUAUGUACCCGCCAGAGACCGCAGAUCAUAACACGCUCGCCGUUAUAGGACUCAUUCAGCCAUUGGGGUCGAUUAUGCCCAUAUCAGAAAUGCAAGCUCGACUUUUCUACGAGAACCUGUUCGGAUCUCCCAGGCUUCCAUCGGUAGCAGAGAUGAAGAAGUCCAUCCGAGAGAAGAGAAGUGCAAUGCAGGCACGAUUUGUAAGAAGUCCAAGGCAUACCAUUCAGGUCGAUUACAUCCCCUACAUGGAUGAACUGGCCGGUUUAGUGGGAUGCAAGCCGGACAUGUUUAAGAUUCUCAAAUCGGACCCUCUCCUCGCUCUGCAGCUCCAAUUUGGCCCAUGCGUGCCGUACGUGUACCGACUAGAGGGACCGCAUCCUUGGCUAGGCGCUCGGAAUGCAAUAAUGAGUGUUGACGAAAGAGUAUUCAGGGUGAGUUGCUUUCUGUGA